CACACCUUUAAUUCCGGGUCGUUGUUUCCCGGAAAGCUUGUACUGCAUUGCUGGUACAAUUUGAGCUGGGCCAGUAUAGGGAAGCACCUUACGUCUUCGUUUGCUACAAUCUUCUUCCUGAUAAUGGGCUUUAGACAAUAUCCUAGUUAAGGGAUUGAGCCUCAGGCCCAAAGGUAACGAGGCAUUAGGAGUCACAUUUUGUCUACGCCGCCUGUGCUGCGCUGUUAACAGCAGCGGGUGCGCAUACAGCUUCAUAGGACCAACAGGAUCAUGGCGGCACCUACGGAUGGGCCACAGCAAGCCCGCGGGGACCCAACCGAGAGCCUUGCUCUCCUGCUCAACAGUACCUCGUUGGGCUCGGAUACAGCGGCACCUCAGCAUUGGCUCACGCAAACAGACAUACUGACGACGGACAAUGUCGAUUUUGACGCUCCAGUUACUUCCAGCAGCGGCAAGGCACAGGGCAAAGGAAGCGCAACCCGGGACGUAGGCGCAGAGUUCCUUGACAGUGCCCAGGAUUUGGAUAGUGUUUACAGUUCGCACUUGUCCUCCUGCCCGGACCUGUUAUCAAGCUUAAACAGCGCUGCAGAGGCGCCAGUGUUUUUUAACACUGACCCUAAUGGCCACGCGGCCAGCGGCCGCGUCGAUGGCCCACUGGAGCCCGCUUCACGAAGCUUGUCAGCAAGCCUAGCACAGGACAACUCUGGUGAUGCCGCUGGGCCGGGUACCUCGUACCGGCCUCCGCAGAACAGUAAUAAAGAUGGCUCAAGCCCACGAAAGCACCCGCAGCGCGGUCAGGGCUAUCGCAGGCUAUGGCAACAGGUGACCAAAGUUUCAAAAGGCCAAAAGCUUCAGGACAACAUGGGUCUGGCGUUUUCAGACAUGACGGUCGAGGAUUUACUGAAGAUAGUCCUCAAGCUUGCUCCACAGGAGUCCGCCGUUGAGGCUAUUAAGCAGGGCCUUUACUACCUGGACAGCUCCGCUAUGGCGGCCCUGCUCAAGGAGCUGGCGAAGCAGGGCUACCUGAAGCGCGCUGUCGAGAUUUUCGAUUGGCUCCGGGCCCUUGAGCCCGGCCACGAGCUCGGAGGCUUGUGCGACCUCUACACCUACACCACCAUGAUCAGCCAGUGUGGUUCGCACCAGCAGCUGCGGCGGGCGCUGGAGCUGGUGGCGGAGAUGCGCAGCCGCGGCAUCGAUUGCAACGUGCACACGUACAGCGCGCUGAUGAACGUGUGCAUAAAGGCCAACGAACUGGACCUUGCGCAGGAUGUGUACAAGCAGAUGCUGGAGGAGGGCUGCAGCCCCAACCUGGUGACGUACAACAUCCUGAUCGACGUGUACGUGAAGCGCUGCCAGUGGGAGGAGGCGGUGAAGGUGCUGGACACGCUGGAGAAGCAGGGCAUCCAAGCGGAGGUGCGCACCUACAACACAGUCAUAUCCGCAUGCAACAAGUCGGGCCAGCCGGAGCAGGCGCUCAAAGUGUACGAGAAAAUGCUGGCGGCGGGCGUCAAGCCCUCGGCCACGACGUACACCGCCCUCAUCAGCGCGUACGGCAAGAAGGGCCAGGUGGAGAAGGCGCUGGAGAUAUUCCGCGACAUGAUUCGCCGCGGCUGCGAGCGCAACGUCAUCACCUACUCGUCGCUCAUCAGCGCCUGCGAGAAGGCGGGGCGGUGGGAGAUGGCGCUGGAGCUGUUUAGCAAGAUGCACAAGGAGAACUGCAAACCCAAUGUGGUGACCUUCAACUCCCUCAUUGCCGCCUGCUCGCAUGGCGGGCACUGGGAAAAGGCGAGCGAGCUGUUUGAGCAGAUGCAGACGCAGGGCUGCAAGCCCGACAGCAUCACCUACUGCGGCCUCAUCACCGCCUACGAGCGGGGCGGGCAGUGGCGCCGCGCGCUCAAGGCGUUUGAGCAGAUGCAGGCGCAGGGCUGCCACCCGGACGCGGCCGUGUUCAACAGCCUGAUGGAGGUGCUGUGGCAGAGCGGGGUGCUGCUGGCGCAGGCCAAGGCGCUGCAGCUGUGGACGCUGGCCAACAGGAGCGGGCACUUCAGGAUCUACACGAACAGCAAGCACGACAGCAACGUGCUGCAGUACAGCACGGUGGCCUUCACCAGCGGGGCGGCGGUGGUGACGGUGGUGCGCUGGGUGUCGGAGCUCAAGAACAAGCUGCUCAAGGACGGUCCCGGCUUCUUCCGCGAGAAGGUGGUCUUCACGCUGCAUAAAUCCAAGCAGAACCGCUCCGAGCAGCCCUCGGCGCGCAUAUUUGAGGCGGUGUCGCUGCUGCUGGCCGGCAACGCGUCGCCCUUCACCAUGCACCUCUUUGACCAGACCAUCACGCUGGAGGCAGCUGCGGCGCCGCUGGCGGUGUGGCUGCGCUCGGCUGCCUUCAACGAGUUUUUGCACAUCCAGCAGAGCCAGCAGCUGAAGCGCAUCUCGCUGGACCUGCUGCUGUCGGAGGACGUCGCCAUCGCGGCUCGCUGCAUUGAGGCGUUCAAUGCCGUGAAGAGGUACGAGCAGCUCUUCAGCGUCAACCCCGCCCUGUGCAAUCAGGCGCUCCUAGCCCAGCGGCCGCAGAUCGUGCACCUCGCCCUCAAGUACGGCGCCGCCUUCCAGCUCAAGGACGAUACCGUGUACGAUGCACUGCAGCUCUUUGACCGCGUCUCCUGCUGCGGCUCGCCCCUCAACGUCGGCGCCUGGCCCCUCAUCCUCUGCAGCUGCCUCCUCCUGGCCGCCCGGCAAGUCGAAGCCCCCGCCAUGUGGCCGCAGCUCGAGCAGGUCACCCUCCUCACGGGUUUCGGAGCGGACAUGUUGGUUGCUAUGGAGCGCAACGUGCUAGUCUGGCUGGCGCACGACAUCUCCACCAUCUCCCCCAUGCGCGUCAUCCAGCUCUACCUGGAGCGGCUGGGGCACUACCUGCCCGACUUCAAGGCGAUUGACCGUGUCAGCAAGGACCUGCAGACGCUGGUGCUCAAGGUGGCAUGCAGCCCGGUGGUGGGGCUGCGGCCGUCGCUGGUGGGCGCGGCGGCGCUGCUGGUUGUGCGGCGCGCGCGCGGCAUGGUGCCCGCCUGGCCCACCGUGCUGCAGACCAUGACGGACUACACGCCGAACGACGGGGAGCUGACGGCGUGCGUGAUGCACAUGGAGGCGCUAAUGCAGCAUUGAGCAAGAAGCUAUGCGCUGGCAAUGGGCGCCUAGAGCGCCCUGUUGCCUGCACAUGCUGAUGCAAGGCCUGCAUGCAUGCGAGAGAGCGUCGAGAGUGUGAGAGUUUGGAGUCGAGCUCUUAUGGCUUUUGCCUGCGGUCACAGUUGCCGUCUGGGGUAUUGCCUUGGGCAUUUGUUGGCGCAUGCGCGGCACGUAUUGGUGCCCGCAUAUGGCCACGUGAGAGAAUGAGGGGCGGAGGUAAGCUGCAACGAGGUGUAUAGCUUGUUCCUUGUUGCAGUGCUUUGCCCAGUGGUUGGAGGCAACCCAGGGGAGGGCUACCUUUAUAACUGCGUGUUCUUCCAAAAUGGGUGCUGGGCCUUUUGUUGGUGUUGUUGCUGCACAGUCGCUGUACAGCGCUUCGCAGUAGUUGUCGACUUAGUGCUCGUUAGAGUUGCAUGUUCGGCGGCGAUUGAGGCAGUGACCGGGCGCGGGUAAUGGUUGGCUGGACCCGGCGAUGGUGGGUUGUUGCAAUUGGUCGAAGGAAGGCUGCAUUUUGGUAGGGAGGCAUGACCCUCCCGCCAGUGGUCAUGCAAAGGGGCAGAGUGUGGGCGGCAGGGCACGUGUUCAUGGUACUGGAUCGGAGUACGUAUUGGGGCGCACGUGGAGUAAGAACAUGACGCGGCAUGCCUUCUCAGUUGCCCGGUCAUCCUCGGUUUCUAUCGUCGCAUGCGUUGGGGGCGGGGCAGCGCCCUCUUACUGGGGGGGGCCACCCGGUCGUAUGGGUAAUUUUCUUGUGGGGGCUUGGGGUCGUCGUUACAGUGGGGCGGGCUUCACAGGGCUCUUAAGGCGCUUGGCGGCACCUGUCGCGCUUUCGCCUGGCGGUGGAUUGUGUUGUGCGGAGUCUGCUUCCUGUGCGUGGAUGGCUGGAGGGAGUUCUCAAGUUCUUCCGCAUGCACUGUCGACUGUUUGGAUGUCUGCGUGGGGUUGCGCUAGUAGGCAUGAUGUCUUUAUCUUUGGCGCAUGUGGUAGAGUUUGAUGAGUAUGUAAUAUGCAUGCUAUGGCUUUGAUGGCAAGGAUGCGUAAGAAGCCAAUGGUUGGGGGGUCUCAAGAGAGAGUUAUCCUGGUAUUGGAGCAAAGCGCAGUUGGAGCCUAAAGUGCAGUUGAUAGUAGCAGCGUCUGGUUUCGAGUUAAGGUGCCGGUGAAGACGAUAGUCGAUAUGCUCAUAUUUGGACUGCUGGUAGGCGGGUGCCCCGAAUCCACUUGCUGGCUGUCGUGUGCAAUUGUUUUACUGCGCGUACGGGGAUACUGCCUCGGCCGUUUGUUCUGAGUUGUUUUAUGUUAAGCUAAGCCUUUGUACGUAGAUUACGAAGGUAUUACUCUGUAGCCGCACUUUGAUAGGGUGGACGCUCAGACGCGCGUCUUCAGCGAAGGGUUGACUUUUGAAUUGUUCCUGUCGUGUCUUUUAUGCGGGUUCCCGCUCCGCUAUUGAAAGAGACUUUCCCCUGGGCAUCCAUGCCGGCAGUUUGUGGUCGUCUGCUUGCUCGUUUCUCUCUUUGGUGGAAAACGGGGCUGUUCCAGACGAGUUGGUGUACUGUGUGGCGUUGCCCUGGAAACAACUGAUGUCGCGUCGCGUGCUUAUAUUUAGUUGGGGACGGGGCGGUUUGGUUCUUACUGCGUAGGGCGCGGCUUUCCUGAGCACAACCCCGUGAACCGGCAGUCGCGGCUGUGCGUCGCUUGUCCUGCGGCAAAGUCGUGGCUGUUUCGUCCCGUUGAGUGGCUCUGUGGCCGUAAUGACAAAGAAACAAAUGCGGGAACACCGAUCCUGUGGAUCACUGAAAACGCUGUUGGGGUCCCCGGGUUUAGCCCGUUGCUGUGGAGGGUUCCCCAGGUAGGAGUCGAUGGUAUAUGCCGCAAAGACGCAUCGCCACAAAGAGCAUGGAAACUUUUUCCCAUCAAGUACUUUCCCCAAAAGUUGUGUGGGCUCAAUGGCGUGUUGCGUAUAAAGCGUGAAGGUGUUUUUGAAGGAUCACGGGACGAUGUUGCAGUGUUCUGCUAUCCUAAAGUGCUUGCUCUGUUAUGUGGUAUUUAAAUAGGUUUACUUAUUUUGCCUCGGCGGCCGUUUCAUGUCAGUGGGGGUUGUAAGGCGUUGGGCAAUGGAUGUUUACCGGGUUUGGGACGAGCACGAUUGAGCUCAUUCAUUUACGGUCCUUAAAACUGUAGGCAACGUAAUUCCUGUGCAGUUGCCCGAUUAUGCCAUGGAAUUUUGCUGGCGUGGGUGGAUGUUGCGUGGCUUGGCCGUGAGUUGGCAGUACAAGCGUGUUUGAUAGCCGUUAAUAAUCCUCGUGAGACUUAGAGCUGUGUAGUUUCUGGCCCGUGGCCUUGGCAGGAAAAGCUAUCCCCGAGCAAAUGCAAGAAGUAGCUGCGGAG